CUAUAUAUAAACUUCACUACUGCAGAGACCAUGGCCACCAUCAGAAGCUGUUGGAAAUGGCCACCAUCAAAGCUUGCUCUUCCAGACUUGUUCCAGUGGCUCUCCUGCUGUGUGGGCUCAUAGUGAUGGGCUCCAUUUCGGGAUUGGAAGCAAAGGACAAGGACGGGAAGGUGUGCAUCGAGACCUGCCAGGAAGCGUACUACAUGACGUGCCCGUCCACAGGCAACGCGAAGCUCAACCCGGCGUGCAACUGCUGCCUGGCCUCCUUGAAGGAGGACGGCUGCACCAUCUACUUGAAGGACGGGACAGUGGAGAAAUGCCCAAGAACCUGAUCGGCGGCCUCCUUUGUAUGGCCAAACAAUAAGAUAAGAUAGGUCUUGAUGUUGAAUAUAAAGGUCUGCCCCCUUUUCGUACUGAAGAAUAAGACAGGUCUUGAUGUUGAAUAAAAAAGGCCUCUCCCUUUACGUACUACAUAAAUGGGAGAAAUUCUGUUGAA